AUACACGAUCUGGAGAAGACGCGCAUUCUAGCAGAACCGAAAGCAACGCCGGCUAUGGGUUCCCUCGAGACACCGACGAGUGCGGAGAACAACGGCGCCGCAACCCCUGCUUCCGGUACCACGGGAGACGCCGAUCAAAAGCCUCUUGUCGUCCGCAACGGAGCUCGGGCAGAAAUGACGCUGGAAUCGGAGGCGUUGAAAAAGAGGAGGAAUAGUGUGCUCCCUCUCGACGUUGGUAGUCGCGUAAUGUGCCGAUGGAGGGACGGCAAGUAUCAUCCCGUUAAGGUCAUUGAACGGCGUAAAAUGCACUCCGGCGGCCCCAAUGAUUACGAGUACUAUGUCCAUUACACCGAAUUUAAUAGGAGGCUUGAUGAAUGGGUAAAGCUUGAACAACUUGAUCUUGAUUCAGUGGAGGCUGUUGUUGAUGAAAAAGUUGAAGACAAGGUAACAAGCUUAAAAAUGACACGCCACCAGAAACGGAAGAUUGAUGAGACACAUGUAGAGGGGCAUGAGGAGCUUGAUGCCGCUAGCUUGCGUGAACAUGAGGAAUUCACAAAAGUAAAAAAUAUAGCUACCAUAGAGCUUGGGAGAUAUGAAAUUGAGACAUGGUACUUCUCUCCUUUUCCAGCAGAGUACAGUGAUUCACUGAAGCUGUACUUUUGUGAAUUUUGCCUCAACUUCAUGAAGCGCAAAGAGCAGCUUCAAAGGCACAUGAAGAAGUGUGAUCUCAAGCAUCCCCCUGGUGAUGAGAUAUAUCGGAGUGGUACACUGUCAAUGUUUGAGGUUGAUGGCAAAAAGAACAGGGUUUAUGGGCAGAACCUUUGCUAUUUGGCGAAGUUGUUCCUUGACCACAAGACCCUGUAUUAUGAUGUUGACCUGUUUCUAUUUUAUGUUUUAUGUGAAUGUGAUGAUCGUGGAUGCCACAUGGUUGGAUAUUUUUCCAAGGAAAAACAAUCCGAGGAAUCCUACAAUUUGGCAUGCAUCCUCACUCUUCCUCCUUAUCAAAGGAAAGGCUAUGGAAAAUUUUUAAUCGCCUUCUCAUAUGAACUUUCCAAGAAAGAAGGUAAAGUUGGAACACCUGAAAGACCCCUUUCUGACCUAGGGCUAUUGAGCUACAGAGGAUAUUGGACCAGGGUUCUUCUAGACAUCUUGAAAAAGCACAAGGGAAAUAUCUCUAUUAAGGAGCUCAGUGACAUGACAGCCAUUAAAGCAGACGAUAUUCUAACUACUUUGCAGAGCUUAGAAUUGAUUCAAUACAGAAAAGGGCAACACGUCAUCUGUGCAGAUCCUAAGGUCUUGGAUCGGCAUCUAAAAGCUGCUGGACGUGGGGGUCUUGAGGUUGAUGUUAGCAAAUUGAUUUGGACUCCUUACAAAGAACAGGGCUGAUGCUAACAAAACUAUUAUGGUUUAGGUAAUAAUUGUAACAACUUUUCGUGUAUUUGUAUAAUAAGUUACUACUAGGAUAUGGGUUAGAAUACAGAAACCAAGAGCCAUUGGCUUCCUAUUGUAAUUUGUUUAGGUAUUGUUACGGAUAUUGAUAAGCUGACCGAAACUCACAUUGUAAAGAUAGCUUUUCCAGCUGUGAAUGCGGUUCCCUUGACCUACCAAAACUGUU